CGCCGCUGCUAUGCCAGCCAGUGGGCCUUGUUAUGGCGCUGUGGUGCCGUGCCAGCGCGGGAACCGACCGUACGCGGACCUCUUCACGCUGCCGCUGCCGCUGCCGCCGCCGCCCGCGACGACGGCGGCCGCGGAGCAGUAUUCGGAGUUCUUGGCGAUGGCUGCGGCUGAUCUGGCGAAGAAGGGCGUCAGCCCCGACGGUGCUCAGGAAAUGAUCACCAAGAAGCGGAGGCGCGACGAGCAGUCGUCGAUGCUUGGCGCGGCCGACGUUCUUGCGGCCCGCGCGCAACAGCAGAUCACCGACGUCGACAGCAUCCUGCUCAAACAUGCGAGAAAGAUGUCAAAUAUGGCUAUUCUUAACUAGUUAGACGCACAACUCGUAUCGACGCCGUCCGCUCGUCGUGUGGAUCAGCGCCCCAGGCCCCACACGGACCCACUAGAUUGUGCCUAUUUCCUCUUUUCUCAGCGCAUACGGAGAGAAUACACGUCCUAUCGUAUCUGCCAUCCUACCUACGCACGACGUGUAGCAUGUACUCGCCUACCCCCCGUCCACUACCCCGUGACCAGCCCCCACCCCCGACCAUCCCCAUCCGUGAUUCAAAAUUCGAAUCGAAGCAGGCAGACGCAGCUGCAUCGAGCGGACGAACCACGGCCUCCCCGUCCACGCGCCUGGAUCCCUAGGUUGCUUCACGAUUCAAUGAUGAAUCGCGGUGCAGAGUCAUUCACGGAUCUCCUCUUCAGAUUUUGUUCCCAGCCGGCCGCAACAGAGGGCGUCCCAGAUCUGGGAUUGCUAGAGGAGGAGGAGGAGGAGGAGGAGGAGGAGGAGGUCGAGGACGAGGAGGAGGAGGGCGAAGAGCGCAUCCAUCCUAAUUUCCAGAAUCAUUCUCCUUCUUCAAGCCAAGAUGGAGAGAAAUCUGAUGCCACAGAUUCAGGAACUCCUGAAGAUCAGGAGGCUAUGCCAUAUUUCUCCAACGUCCCAGAUAUUGACGACGCAGAAGAGACCCAGCCCGAAUCGCAUCCCAUUCCAGUUCCGUGGACUCAAAGGGUCCGACUUGGCAAAAUUCCUGACAGCCGUGCCACAUUAUCGGGAAGGAAAAGUGCUUUGGAAAAGGCCAUGAGAAAUUACGCUGAUAAGAAGUCAGAGUUCGUCGUCAAGCCAGAGAUCGGCCAGGAAUUUGAUUCUUUGGCCGAAGCUUAUGACUUCUACAACCUAUACUCGUGGGAGAUUGGUUUUGGCAUCAAGUAUGGGCAAUGCAGAAGAAACGUUGAAAAGUGCAAGACGGUCCAGGACAUAGUUUGCGGAUGCGCGAUGAGUUAUAUCAUCCAGCCGGCUAACAUUUGCAAUUGCAUUCAGGGAAACCACGCAGGGAAAAUUCACAUUCAGUAUGCUGCCAAUGUCCUGCGCUUAUGAGGUUGCAUCGCACGUCAGACCAUGGUUGGUUCAUCCAUGAUGUGAAGCAUGAGCAUAAUCACAGUAUGUCACAAACAUGUGGAGAGAAGUUGCACUGGCCAUCUCACAGGCACAUUGAUGCCCAUGCCAAAGACAUUGUCAUGCACCUUAGGAACAACAAUAUAUCAUUAAGCAAGACUUUCGGUGUGAUUGCAAGCUUUUUUCGGGAUAUGGAAAACUUGCCCUUUAACAAGAGAUCUCUGCGUUAUCUCUGCAAGAGGAUGAAUCAGCAGCAGGGCGAUGAUGACAUCAGAAAGACGAUACAACUCUUCUCUGAAUUGAAAGAGAAGGAUCCAAACUUUGUCGACAGUGUGCUUGUUGAUGAAGGCAGCAAGAUCAGGGCAUUGAUGUGGAAAGACGGUAAGAGCCGACACCAGUACAAAUUCUUUGGAGAUGCAAUAACAUUCGACACAACAUAUCGUACGAACCAGUACGACAUGCCGUUUGGUCUUUUUGUUGGUGUCAACAAUCACUUUCAGAGCAUCAUCCUUGGAGGAGUGUUGCUACGCGAUGAAACAACUGAGACUUUUGAGUGGGUGUUCAAGGAAUUUGCAUCUUUGAUGGGAGGGAAGGCUCCAAAAACAAUACUCACGGACCAAGCCCGUGCAAUGGAGAGGGCUAUAUGUUCCCAGUGGCCUGAUACAACUCACAGAUGGUGCAAAUGGCAUGUAUUGCAAAAAGCAAGGGAACAUAUAGGUUCUGUUUAUUCAAAAAACAGUGAUUUCAGAGACGAGUUUCACAAACUUCUCGAGUAUAUGGUCACAGUAGAUGAGUUUGAAACCGCAUGGGCCAGCUUGAUUGAGAAAUAUCAACUUGCAGACCACCCAUGGCUCACUCAAAUAUAUGAAGUUAGAACAAAAUGGGCAAAGCCAUA